AUGGGAAUAUUAAAUAUCCUAUAUUGGAAUAUUAAUGGAUUAAAGUUUAAGCUGAAUGAGUUUGACUUUUUAAAUCUCAUCUCUUCAUAUGAUAUUGUGCUGUUAACAGAGACAUGGACUUCAAAACUUACAAAUUUAAAAAUUAAUGGUUUUGAUUAUGUACAUGGUCCUAGACCUAACAAUAAACCGAAACUUGAAAUCAUUUUAGAUUAUAGCAGUUUAUAUGCAAAUGCCUUGCGAUGCGGAGAAGAGCAAAAUAUUUAUACUAAAGAUGUGCUAUGUGUUUACGAUGUUGAUAAAACUGAGGCUUUACGUGCAUGCAAGUCUGGCAAACAUCUACAUAAUUGCAGAAAUCAUACAUGUGGUUUGGACAUGAUAAAAUGCCCAGAAAGUUAUUGCUUACCUAAGAAAUUUGUGUGUGACGGAAGACCACAAUGUCCGGAUGGUUUCGAUGAAAAGGAAUGUCACUGUGAAGACAUCGAGAAGGACAUUGUUAUACUCGUGCACGACGAUUUUUUUGCCGAACAAUCAAAGACUGUUGAAGGAUUUGCGAGACAAUUUUAUUCACCAGGAAGUAGAAUUCGUAUAAUGAAAUACAAUUUGAAACAUAAGCAUUAUAUUACGCAUGGAGUUGUACCCCUAACUGUAACUGAGAUGUCCCCCAUAGAGUUUCUUGACGAUUCCGAACCUUGCGAUUUGUUUGUACUUCCACACAAACUGAUUAAUAUCAUCACAUUUAGGGAUGCUGCUGUUAAAGGGUUUAUAUUAUUUGAUGAUAGACAAGAUGACACCUUUGUGAAUUCCAUAUUUUCAAAAUUGACCGAUGAAAGGAAACUUGGCUUGAAUAUAUAUAGAGUUAAGAACAUAUCUUUUUCUACUUUGAAUUGUCGGAAUAAUUUCGAGGACGUCACAGAUGUAUGCGUUCGGAAAUGGAAAGUUUUACAGUUUAUAGGAGUAGAAUUUUUCCACAAGCUUUGCAAAGGUAAAUUAAGAACUAGUUGCAAGAACGGAUACCGUUGUUUGUCGAGCAGAAUGUGUAUCAGCCUGUCUGAAGUUUGUGACGGCAUAAAACAAUGCAAUUAUGGUGAUGACGAACAGUUAUGCUAUGUAAAUUGUCCCGCUAAAUGUGUGUGUACAGGGUAUGCUGUCAACUGCAGUGACGCAAACAUCAAUAUAACAGUAGCAACUCAAAUAACUAGAAGAACACGCGCACUUGAUUUGAGUUUAAACAAAGGCCUGCAUUCCGUCCUACAAAGUACACAUUUAUCUCUCCCUUUAUUAUUAAAGCUCAACUUGUCAAGUUGUCAUGUUGAGAAUGUCUCGAUUCAGGCAUUUACGAAAAUGAAUAAUCUGCAUGUUCUUGAUUUGAGUAAAAAUACGAUUAAAACACUAUACAAGAAUACAUUCAGUGCACUUAGAUUUCUAAAAGAACUAUACAUGCACGGAAAUUCAAAACUAACAAGGAUUGAACCAGACGCUUUUAAAGGACCUCUGAAUCUAUCCGGAUCAAAACUAAAAAUAAUUUCUUCGAGAUCUUUUACAGGUCUGAAUCUUGAUACAUUAGAUCUCUCAAGUAAUGACCUAGAGGCAAUAGAAAACAAGGCAUUCAGCGAGUUAUCUGUUGUAAAACUUAACUUUAUGAACAAUGAAAUAGAAACUUUUAACACGGAUGUGUUCACGGGUAUUAGAAAUGUUCGUAUUUUGAUGACGUCAGCUUAUAAAUUUUGUUGUGUAAGGCCAUCAUAUGUGCUUGAAGAAAACUGCUACCCGUCCAAAGAUGAAUUUUCUUCCUGUGAAGAUUUAAUGCGUCUUUCUGCCUUACAAACGAUGUUGUGGUUAAUUGGUUUGUCGGCACUUUUUGGAAAUAUUCUAUCAGUCAUUUAUAGACUGAAAUACGAUGCAGAACGACUAAAGCUUGGGUUUGGAAUAUUUGUUACAAAUUUAGCAGUUGCUGAUCUACUCAUGGGUGUUUAUCUCGUUAUGAUAGCUGUGGCUGAUGCAGUUUAUAGGAAUAGAUACAUCUUUGUUGACGAGUAUUGGAGACACAGUGUUUGGUGUAAACUAGCAGGAAUAUUGUCGACAAUGUCGUCUGAAGCAAGUGUCUUCUUUUUAUGUCUCAUAACAAUAGAUAGAAUCCUUGUUAUUAAGUAUCCUUUUGGCCAAAUGAAGCUUUCAACCAAGAAAGCAAUAUUACUUGCAAUUUUAGUAUGGGUGUUUUCUGUUCUAGUUGCUUUGCUUCCGGUUGUGUAUGUUGAUUAUUUUGAAGGCAAAUUCUAUUCAAGAUCUGGGGUCUGUAUCGCUUUGCCAUUAACAAGAGAUCGGCCACCAGGAUGGAUUUAUUCGAUAACUUUGUUCGUCGGACUAAACUUUGUUAGUUUUCUACUGAUAGCGUUCGGCCAGGUGUCUAUUUUCUUAGAGAUAAAGAAGACAAGUUUGAAAGUGAUGAAACAUGAAAUUGCAAGAAAAAGAGACCUAAAAGUUGCAAGAAACCUGCUUUUUGUCGUGACUACUGACUUCAUGUGUUGGUUUCCAAUUGGAGUGAUGGGCCUAAUGGCGUUGAAUGGGCACGCGAUAUCAGGAGAUGUUUAUGCCUGGACUGCUGUAUUUAUUCUUCCUAUAAAUUCAGCUUUAAACCCAUUCCUUUACACGUUGUCUGCAAUUAUAGGAAAACGGAACAUUAAUCCAGAUUUGAACGAAACAAACAGAGUAACAAUAGAACAAGAUCGUGGGCUAAAUUUAGUGAAAUUAGGAAUGCAUUUUUGUUCGCAUCCUGCAAGUAAUGGAUACACACGUCUACGGGAAUAUGUAGGUAGUGGGAAAAGACUUACAAGUAAAGACAAACUUGUAAUCACUUCAGUGUUGACAAAAUACCUAGAUGUUCUUCACAGCUGCGAGUUAACGAUGGGGAAUCUAACUAUUGACAGUGUAUUUGUUAAGUUCUUGUGUCGUAAGAAAGUCUGGAGUUGUAGAAUUACCUUGGAACCAGUUCCAUCCAAAAAAGAAACCGAUACUGCAAAUGACAUGGCUGCCCUAGCGAAAGUUGUAGACUUUAUGAUGGAUAAUGAUAAAGAUAUACACGUUGCUGAGCCGUAUAUGUCUCAAAUGGAAUAUAUAACACGUGUGUGAUAUGUUCGAGCGUUAAUAUCACAUGUCACUUACAUAUGUGCUCAAUUUUACAGAUAUGAACAAUAAUGUAUACAUGUAUAUUACAUUCGUUGUAAUAUGACCAAAAUAACUACAAAUUAUGACGCAACCGUCAUCUUAAUCGUCAUCAUUAUUGUAAUCAACAUCAUCACAACAACAUAUUUAUUAUAAUCAAGAAGACGAACAAUUUCAUUACGAAGAGCAGCAGAAUGACGCUCAUCAUCACAAUUUUCAUAUUAGUU